AGCGGAUCGAGUAAGUAUAGCAACAGGGAUCUCCUUGAUAGUGUCAUCAUCUCGGAAAGUAUCGACUGCAGGAGCUGCAGCGCGGUCGCGCUGGCCAAGCACACGCGCAAGUUGCGAGUGUCAGUGUUGGAUGAGAGGCAUUUCCACGCGAGCCAAGGCCGCUGAGAUGUGAAACGGCCCGCCCGGGGAGGCUUUCCUGAUCGGACGACUGUAAUCAUCGGUUCGACUGGCAUGCAGGAGUCAGCCUCAGGCACGGUGUAUAAGUAUACCAACCAACACACCCAGAUCUGCCUUCUAGCGCUCAGAAUCGGGAACGCAUACUCUUUUUCUGUUGAUCUGGCCAGGGAGACUCCUUUGCAGAAAUUUGCCAAAUGCUGCUAACAAGUUUACCUCCGCUGCGCAAAGGUAGUCAUGCAACGCACUGCAAAAGAUGCUUGUCCGGCUUGCCAUCUUCCCAAGUGGAUAUUGAUCCAGCCAAGCUGGCCCUAUCCUUUUACUGCUUAGGCUCUCUGGAUGUUUCUGAUGAACUCGAAAAGAAGGCUAAGGAUUGGGAAAGAGAACAAUGGAGAGAAUGGAUAUGGAGCCAACAGACUCGCGGACCUUAUGGAACCGGCUUCCGAUCGAGCUCUUAUAUGACUGCAGCAAAGUACGCGACAGAGGAAUAUUCGGACCAUGAUACCCCUCAGAUCAUCAUGACUUAUACUGCCCUUCUCUCGCUGUCCAUAUUGCGCGACAACUUUUCGCGUCUUGACAGGAAGGGCCUCCUGGAAUUUCUUAGAUCCUGUCAGAACAGCGAUGGAAGUUUUUCUUCUGAGCCUUUAGGAGGCGACUCUGAUCUACGCACAACGUUCUGUGCCUUUUCUAUAAGCAUAAUGCUUGACGACUGGUCAGGGAUGGAUGUUACAAGUGCUCUCCAGUUUAUUUCUACGUGCCGGACAUACGAAGGAGGCUAUGGACAAUCACCGUUUGGGGAAGCCCUGGGUGGCACUACGUAUUGCGCACUUGCAUCACUCCAAUUAGCUCAACAGCUAGAAAUUCUUUCCUCUCAAGAUCGGCAGAAAACCGUACGGUGGCUUGUGCAAAAUCAAGCGUCCAAUGGCGGUUUUCGUGGACGGACCAACAAGGACGCUGAUGCGUGUUAUUGUUUCUGGUGCGGCGCAUCGCUGCACGUGUUGGGUGCAAGCGAUUUGGUUGACAAAGCAGCAAUGUCUUCCUUUAUAGCAUCCUGUCAAUUCAAGUACGGCGGGAUUGCAAAGAUUCCCGGCGAGCACCCUGAUCCCUAUCACACAUAUCUCUCAUUGGCAGCGGUGGCCUUGCUCCCACCCGAUUCGUCAGAAGGAGCCUCAUGGGCUCUUUGCCCUCUAGAUCCUCUAUUGAAUGCAACGUACCAGACGUCCUCGUGGGCUAGAGCUCAUAUUCCAGCACCCAAGGUUGAUGGUGAUAAUGCUUUAGGUUGACGCGGGCAUAUAAUGAGCAAAAAUGUUAUUUAUUUAUGUCGAAGAAAUUAGACAGCUGGUCACCCGGUUAAGGUUUCACUAUUGGUUAAAGCCAUUCCUAGGCCCGGUACUGCCCAAGAAAUGUGUAUCAUUAACAAAAGCACCUCUCCUCGACUUAAUUCAUUGUCAAGUGGG